GUAUGUUUGCAGGAACCUUCAUGGCGGUGGUGCUAAAACUCGAAGCGACGGUGGUGCUGAACCAGGGGCGAAGGCGACGAGAGCCGCCACGACCCGACAGACUACAGGUGGUGCAGUGAAGUGCUCGAGCUUGGCAAUGAUCUUGACUGCUUCAGUAAGCCCGAUUAGCUGGAGUUCGGGUCAACAGAGGAAGAUCCCAAACUUUUUUGGAUUUCCAGAACCGAUUUAUUCGUGUUUUCAUUUUUUUUCAACAGAUUUUCCAGAAAUUCCCUUUCUUGAUUCCCACCGGAGUGAUAUGAGAGAAUCCAAGCUCUCAAUGAAAGCACCAAUGUUGGUCCAAAAUAG